AAAGUGUUACUAAACCCACAACAGUGAAAUCAGUCUGUAUAUGCAGUAAAGCAUGCUUGGAUUAUACUCACUGUGGAACCUAAGGGGUUAAUCCUCUGCAUUGUGUAAAAACGCUGUUUGAUCCUGUCUUCUCUGAUCCCCCUCUUAUCUCCUGGUAAGACAUAUCGUAUGGAGUCACUCUGCACAUGCUCAGUUUGGUGUGUAUUGCUAGAGAGGUUUUUUUUUUUUUUCUCUUGGGAGGGUGCAUGUGAUCAGCACAGGGCCAAUCAGCACUGUCCAGACAGAGGUCAGGGGUCAUGCAUCCUCCUAGAGCAAAAUGAAAACUCCUCC